UCCUGUUCCCACUUUGAAACCCCCCAAUUGAUUCCCCUCACCACUCUCCUCCCCUUCUCCAGUCCGCUAUCUCAUCCCCCGCGAUGGCCUCCACAACGUCGGUCGCGAGGCUGGUCGCCUACCGCCGGCCUACGCCCUCUCUGUUGACCUCGUCCUUCCGUCCCUUGGGUUCAACCGCAAACUUCUCUUCUUCCGUGUGCCGGGCUGCCACCCCAGCUGGGCCCCCUCCAUCCGGAUUCCGCCUGGCUCCCCCCAAGCGAUGGGACGAAGGUACCGAGUCCUCCUUAGACAAGGCCAGCAAAUACUUCCUCAUGUCUGAGAUUUUCCGCGGCAUGUACGUGGUGUUGGAGCAGUUCUUCAGACCACCAUACACCAUCUUCUACCCCUUCGAAAAAGGUCCCAUCUCUCCUCGAUUCCGUGGUGAACACGCCCUGCGCCGCUACCCGACCGGUGAGGAACGGUGUAUCGCUUGCAAGCUUUGCGAAGCUAUCUGCCCUGCUCAGGCCAUCACCAUCGAAGCCGAGGAACGUGAGGACGGAAGCCGUCGGACGACCCGUUAUGAUAUUGAUAUGACCAAGUGCAUCUACUGUGGCUACUGCCAGGAGAGCUGCCCCGUUGAUGCCAUCGUUGAGACUGCCAAUGCUGAGUAUGCCACUGAGACCCGUGAGGAGCUUCUGUAUAACAAGGAGAAGCUCCUGGCCAACGGUGAUAAGUGGGAGCCUGAAAUUGCUGCCGCUGCCAGAGCCGACGCUCCCUACCGCUAAAGCAGUCUCAGCUACUCUACUAUCACCAGGGGCACUCUCAAACCAAGUGCCAUGUCACGUAAAUUCAAUCCACUUUAGAACAUGGGUUCGAAAAACAGAAAUAUCAAAAAUUCUUAGGAGGAAAAGAAAAGCCUUUCUCCAGAGGAUAUCCAAGGGUGGACACCCUCAUCUUCCCACUUUGUACAUAUCUAACACUUAGCCUGCUUUAUUACCAGAUGUACUAGUCGGGUUCACAAGGGAUCCCAGUCACUAGAAUUCCGGCUGUCUUUUUUAUGUCUUUUUAUUGUCUUGAUGUUGGAGGGAAAUCCCGCAUGGUUUGUU